AUGGACAGGAUAGAUUCCCCAAAGGCGCCUCAAUGGCCACAUUCACCACUCGGACAAUGCGAUUAUGUUUUGCCGGAGAUAAAGGGAACGAGUGGACUCAACAAUGCCACGUCACUGCUGAAGCAGACAAGAUUUAUUACUCUUCAUUUGCUACUUCCUUCAGCCAAAGAAAUAUACCGAUCCUCAAAGCAACUCAAGCCCCAGGUCCGUCCCGCCGGCCCACCUGCUCUCCUCUCUCUCUUCCCAGAGAGUUAUACGACAAAUUCUAUUUCGUUCUCAAGCACACCAGCACCAAUACUCAGCUCUGGCCCCGAUCGCCUCCUUUGCCCGCCGAAAUACUGCAUCAUAAUCCCCGCCCUUUUUGACAACAUAUAG